UAAAAAUGUUAAUAAAAUUUAAACCCAUGACGAAAAUAAUCUCAUCUUUCAACAGUUUUGUGAAACAAUGGAUGAAAAAGAGAUAAGACUCUAGUUGUAAACUGAAGUUCGCUGGAUUUCGAAAGGGAUUUAUUAUUGCUCGUUUUAUUAAGCUCUUAAAUACAAUUUUGAUUUUUUUUUUGAGAAACAGAAAGAUUCAACGGUUGGCGAUGACUUAAAGCAGGCUUAAAAAAAAUGUUUUACAUCGUAGGCAUCUAAGGCAAAUGAACCUCCGACUGCCAGGAAUGAAAUGUACUUUCAUUGAUUAUAUCAUAUUUUCUUUUAUUAAAUCUUUUUUAAAGAGUUUUACAAUCUCACAUAAAUUGUUUGUUGACAAAAAAAAAUACUGCCUAAGGACACUGAUAUCUAUGCAAUUAACAUAACAAUGCUCUUUGAAGAAAUUACUAUUCGCUUCUAAAAUAAUAAAAAAAAUUAAAUAUAAAUGACAAUUAUUAAACAUCUGUUACUGAUGUUCAAAUUGAGUUGCAGGAAAAAAUAGAUUUACAAAAUUAUGUCUUCAGUAAAAAGGAAUGUAAACAUAGGAGGCAUACAGUGGCGUAGCUAUGGUGGGGGAAGAGGGGGGAGAAUUUGAAAAUCCCCCAGCCCCCACUUUAAGUGGUGGGCCCAAAUGAGUGUUAUUUAAUUAAUUAAAUUAAAUAUUACUCAAAGGAGUUCAAGCCUCCUGGCCCCCAAACGAUGGAGAAUUCCUAGCUACGACCCUGGAGGCACAACAGAGAUGUGGCUGCAUUUAAAUGUUUCAGUAAAUUCCAAAACUGUGGUCGAAAAUGGAGUUUUUUUUUAGCGUCUCCAUCAACUUACAUGGUUAACCUAGAUUUAGUGCGUAAGAAAGUUAAUGAAUAAGCAAAGAAAUAGGCUGGAUGUAGCCACUAGAGAAGACCUUCGCCUUGCUUUGACUAAUUUAAAGCUUGAAAUUUUUAAUAUUGUCAGACUGCAGGAGGCACAAGGUUACCAUUAGCUUAAUUUCUUUUUCUAGCGAAUUCAGCAAUAAUAAUGUUUACAUUAAAAAAUAAAACUAAAUUUACUAUUUAGCCUAAAAACAGUAGGCCCUAAUAUUCAAAAAUUUAAAAGGGGAAUAUUCUUAGGAUUUGAAAGAAAGUCAUGACAAUGAGACUUUUAUUUGUGUGUAAUCACUGCAAAUUAUUUGACAUAAUUUUUGUAUAAUGAUAAUAUGGGCUAUUUUUGCCUUCAAUUCCGAAGAUUACGGCUGAGUCAUAGACAUAAAUAAAUAUAGACUGGAAAAGGGAAAUAACUUCAUGUAACUUGAAAACAUGUUGUCGGAUUUCCGAAUUCUGAAAAGUUGCAUGAUCUUCAGUCUUAGAGAUUAAACAAAACUACACUGCUGUAUAAUAAAGUACACAAAAUUGCAAGUCACAAAUUUUCGUUUCAUAAAACUCUUUUAUCGGCUAUAUUUAUUUAUGUCUAUGCGCUGAGUCCAGUGUUUCACAUAACUACGCAAACCCAGUUGCGACCUGCAUAUUUUCCCGAAUUUCCCGCAGACAAACAGCUAUAUAUCCAUUUCGCCUGACUUCAAUAAUAGCUUUUCAUUGAGUCUCAAAUGUUUGUUUCGCAGCUUUUGUGAGAGCUCUUCAACUGUCUCUCUCAGAGGGCCAUCUGCUGCCAGAGAAUGCUGCCAGAUAUUGGAUAGAAAAGCAACACUAUGCCAAAAUUACUUUACGGACUCCAGGAAACUCAAGAUGUCGAAGAUUUUGAGAAUGAUCCAGAAGCCAACGAAAAAAGUUGUCAGAAGAACCCCGGCCAUGCAUCUUUCCAUUUAGUAAACGAAUUCACAAUGAACCAUUUGCCUGAAAAGUACAAGAAUGAAAAUUUCCAUGAAUGCAUUCUGCAGUUGGCUAAGUUAGUCAUAAAGCUAUCUGUUGGCAAGGUGAGCCCAGAAAGACCCAAAGAAUGGCCAGUGACUCAACAGCCUUAUCCAUACUAUGGAUGUCAGCGCAAGUUGAGAAUGGGAACAGCAAGAGUGGAGCAAGUCAUCCAGCACUUGGAUGGUAAAAGAGUUUGCGAGUGCCAGAAAUGCAAAACUUCGGCGUGCCCCAAGAAAUUAUGGGGCGAAAUAGAGGUCUACACAGCGGCCCACGUAAUUUUCGACCAGACAGAAGCUGACGAUACAACGUGGACAUUAUUUGAUGAUGCCAUCAAACUGUCCGCUGGACUUGUCAUCGACACAUGUGACGUCAGGAAAGAUCUGUGCAAAAUGAAAUUCAUAACCUGUGACACUGGACUGGUCAACCAGCUGGCAGAUAUAAUGGCAGAAUACAUUCGACUGUGGGAUAUUGUGUACUCCACAUGGAAAUCUACCUGGGAUGAGGAUAAGGUUGCUGUCAUAGUAUCCCAUCCUCAUGGUGGAUUCAAGAAGAUAAGUGUAGGCCAGUGGAGGGAACUAGAAGAAAGAGAUGAUUUGAAAGGAAAACGCUUUAGUUAUACAACAAGUACAUGUCCUGGAAGUAGCGGGGCCUAUGUCUUCAUUCCAGGCUAUAACACAGGCAGCUGGUAUACUGGCUUUGAUCAACUUAUACACAGUGGGACUGAUGGUCAAAUUAAUUUCAGUGCUUUCGGCAUAUUUUUGGACUCCAAAUAAAGAUAAAGAUAAAUAGCUGGGAUAGCACAUUUUUAUCAAGAAAUAUUUUUGAUCUAAAAAAAAUUUUUAAGCAAAUAAUGUCUAGAAUGUUGUAGUCUAGAAACAAACACAGUGACAAAUUUGUUGACAUUGUAAAGUGUUGCAUAGUUAUAUAAAUCAGUUAUAUUUCGCUGUAGUAGUGCAGAUCAAUAAAAAAAAUCACUAUUGAACAUACAUGAUACUUAAAUAAAAUCUAUACUAUAGCUAUUACCAGUUAGACUUUGUAACGAUAACUGUUUUACUGCCAAUAUUGUGACGAUUUUAUGUUAAGGAUUGCGUUGACAGUGCAAUGUUUUUUUUCCUUUGUAUAUAGUAAAUGGAACAAACAGAAUCGUUUGCAGAGGAAAUAUAAAAUGAUUAAAACAUAUUUAAGAAA